AUGUCGCGAAAUGUGGCUGGCGAGAGGGCCGUGGUGCGGAAUAGCGACAUGGACGAGUCGAUGCAAAGCCUGGCCAUUGAGUUAGCCGGAGCUGCACUAGAAAAGUACACCAUCGAGAAGGACAUUGCCUCACACAUCAAGAAGGAGUUCGACCGACGCUAUGGUCCAACGUGGCACUGCGUUGUAGGCCGCAAUUUUGGCAGCUAUGUAACGCAUGAGAUUCGCAACUUCCUCUAUUUCUACGUAGGCUCAUUAGCCUUUCUACUUUUCAAGGCGGGCUGA